GGAGAGUCUAAAUACAUCAACCAGCAAUAAAGUAACUACCACGAGUAGAUUGUAAGGACGAUGUCUGUUUCCCUCAGAAAUGAGCAACAAAAGUACUUAUUCAAGGGAGCAGCAGUGGUUCUACACCACGGGAACCUCGCACGAUCCCUAUUUAGCCACUUUGAACAAUCUGGUGAACGGCGAGACCUCGACUCAGCCAUCGGUCAUAACCGUAUUGCAAUUGACCUCCUUCCUGAGGUUCAUCCUACUCGUGCAUUUUUGUUCGAAUGCCUCGGACGAUCCUAUUUUGCCCGGUAUGAGCGUUGGGGACAAGAAUCUGAUUACAAGGAUGCGAUCGAAAAGCUUCGCAUUGCCCUGGGCUGUUGUUCAGACCAAGAUUUCUCUUAUCGGCACAAGCUAUUGGAUAGACUUGGGCGAUUUCUACAAGUAAGGUUUGAACGCAAGAAGAGACAGGAAGAUCUUGAAGAGUCCAUCACACUGUACCGAGAAGCUCUGGCCACUCUUCCAGAGAGUGAUUCUUUCCGCCCGAUUAUGGCGAUUGAUCUUGGGUAUUCCUUGUGUAGAAAAUUUGAUCAAUAUGGGGAUGUCCCGGCUCUUGAAGAGGCCAUUAGCGUGCUCCGUGCUACACUUUCACUCAUGGCUGAGGAUCAUCCUCAACGACUCCUGCUGUUGGGCAAUAUGGCGGGCGCAUUACAACAUCGAUUUAGAUAUAGCUGUGGUGGAAAGGUCGAGGAUCUCGAGGAAUCAAUCACGCUUUUGCGAGCUGCACUGGCCCUCGUUACAGAUGACGAUCCAUCCCGUUCCAAUCUAUUGGAUAAACUUGCAUAUUGUCUAAACGGACGAUAUGAGCUUGUCGGAAGGAUUGAAGACCUGGACGAAGCAAUAUCGAUGUACCGCGUCGCCUUGUCACUUCUUCCACAAGGCCAUCCUCAUCGACACGAAACAUUAAACAACCUUGCAAAUGCCCUCGUAGCACAAUCCCCACGUAGUAACCAAGUUGAGAUUCUCAAUGAAUUCAUCGAAUUACAUCGCGAGGCGUUGAAACUUCGAUCGGAAGGCAAUCCCGUUCGCCCCGCGUCGUUGGUCAACCUUGCUAAUGCUCUGCGCCACCGAUUCGAACAUGUUGGAGAGCUUGGUGAUUUGGACGAAUCAAUUGCCUUGCUCCGCGAGGUCUUGCCUCUUGCUCCUGGAGACUCUAUUCUUCGGCCCACAGUGCUGGGUAAUCUCUCACGAUCUCUAUCCACUCGAUUUGAUCGGGUAAAGCGAUUAGAGGACUUAGAGGAGGCCAUUACGCAUUAUCGUUCGUCGUUGGCUCUCUUAGUAGAAGACCGACCCGAUUAUGUAAAGGUACUCACCCUUCUCGCGCGUUCUUUGAAGGCCCGGUUCGACCAACUUGAGCAAGUGGAAGAUAUCACAGAGGCUAUUAAGCUGUUUAAAUGCGCUGCCGACCACCUUUUUUCGGGAUCGCUGAUUCGCUUGAUGGUGGCAAGCGAAUGGGUGGAACUUGCACGAGAUCACGAUCACCCUUCGACGCUCAGAGCAUACAGAAAGGCUAUAUCCCUAUUACAGCGUACUCUCACCCUCCAUCCUACGGCACGUAUGCAGCACUCUCUCCUUGCUAAUCUAUCUAGCUAUCAAACGCUUGCCUUGGACGCCGCAUCGUAUGCCAUUGAGAAGGGUGACCUCUGUCAAGCCAUUGAACUCCUUGAACAAGGACGAGCCAUCCUUUGGUCGCAGAUGCGUAACUUCAGAACACCACUAGAUCGACUGGCAGAAACGAGCAAACCACUGGCGGACAGAUUCGGAGACGUUAGUCGUCGUUUAGAAGCGCUAACAACGCAUUCCGAGGCAAACGAUUUACUCGAGAGUGUGCCAGACAAGCAAGUGCACUGUUCAAUAGAUGAAAUGUUAGUGACAGUACGACAACUUUCAGAAGAGCAAAGGGAGAUCAUCUCCGAGAUACGGCAAUUACAAGGAUUCGAAGACUUCCUCCAGGCUACGCCAUUUGAGAAACUACAGCAAGCGGCCUCGGAAGGACCUGUCGUUGUAGUCAAUCUUUGCAAGGAGUACAUAAGUCAUGCAAUUAUUGUUCUUAACAAUAAGGACAAACCUUGUGUCCCCAUUCCACUGGAUCCUGACUUCUACUUUGGUGUUUACACGCUGUUGGUUGCGCUAUUGAGAGCUCGACGUGAUCAUGGAGUGCACUCAGUCGAGUAUGAUAGGAAACUUCGACGAGUCAUGGCAAUGUUGUGGGAUAAGGUCGUUUCCAAAGUUGUUCAAAAACUGAAGGAAAUCGGAAUCGCAGAAGGAUCUCGAAUUUGGUGGUGUCCGACAUCAUUGCUAUCCGCGUUCCCGUUCCAUGCCGCUGGGCCGUAUGAAGACCAAUACGGGAACAAGAAAUAUUUGCUCGAUGAUUACAUCUCGUCCCACACGCCGACACUCAAAUCACUCAUUAAUGCUCGCCAGGGGACCAGGCGUGAAAAUCCAAGGCUUCUUGUGAUCGGAGAUACAGGACUCCCGUCGACCAAGAAAGAAAUGAUUGCCAUACACGCUCGUAAACCGAUCAACAAACUUCUAAGAGAUGGUAAAGCCUCGCGUGAGGCAGUAAUAAAAGCGCUUCAAGAGGCGGAGUGGGUCCACUUUGCUUGUCAUGGCCAUCUAGAUCCUGAACCAUUCAAUUCGUCAUUUAAACUUGCGAGUGGUGGACUUACGGUGCUUGACAUCGCUCGGACUCAUCUGCCGAACGCGGAGUCCGCCUUCCUCUCUGCUUGCCAUACGGCAGAACAGUCCCCUGCGGUUGCACAGGAUGAGGUACUUCAUUUGGCCGCGGCGAUGCAAUUCUGCGGGUUUAGAAGUGUGAUUGGUACGAUGUGGGAGUUGCUAGAUACGGACGGACCAAUUCUCACCAGAGAUAUUUACAAAUAUCUCAUGGAUGAAUUUGAAGAGGAAGCAGUUGGAUUCAAGCGAUCUGCUGCAGCAGUUCGCAAUGCAGCCGUGAAUCUAAAGGCACGAACGGAGUCGGAUGCGGAGGGAAGAGAGGUGGAUAUAAAGGUCGAGAGAUGGGUUAACCUUGUGCAUAUUGGAGCAUAAGUGAAUAUAU